ACAAGGAGCUUUCUUCUAAUGGAGUAGACGUAAACAAAUAGAGAGGGCGGAAGUGACAGCACGCUUCAACCCAAACUCUGAUGUCGCGCAUCUAAACUGACAGCAAAAUUAUUUUGCAAGUUUUAUUUCUUAAAAUAUUUUUGGGCGCAGACAUGGUGCCGAAGAAUAAUUUUAACUAGCAGCCUAAGCGCCCUGAAUAAAAGGUCCGACACAGAUGAACCUUUGUUAGAACAAGCGACGAUGUUUGAUAUGCGUAUAAGUUUUCCAAAAUACGCGUCCCAUAAUCCCGCUGUUUGUCAAAAGAGAUUCGGACUUACGGAUUUUAUGCUUUGACGGCUUCCGGUAAUUUGUCACAAAGCGUCCAGUAUAUAUACGCCGAAGACUUCUCAGCCCUAUUAGCUUGCAUAAUUACUUUAUAAACGACAUGAGCCUGUUUAGACGCAUGCGUAGAUAUUUCACUUUCACAAAAAUGACAAGCGCACUUAUACCUUUCUGUGCAGUCACUGCUUCUGUUUCGCGUCGGACUAACAAUUUCCAUCAAUUUCUAUUUCAGUGGAAGAGCCGCUGGUGCGUCGUCUCCAAGCUUUCGCCUGUGGCAGAUUGCAUCCACGUGCAGCUGUACCGCGACAGCAAGGAGCGCUGCAAGCAGGGCCCGACCAAGGCGUCGCUGUCGCUGGCGGGCUGUCUGGGCCUCGAGUCCGGAUUCACGCUCGACAAGGAGAGCCACACAAUGGCGCUCAUCUGCCCCGACCUUGUGCUGUCGCUGGCCUUCGAUUCCAGGGAGCUACUUAUCCAGUGGCAGGUCAAGAUACGUGCCAAUGUUGCAGAAGUGCAGCAGUUUCUGGUGCAGAUUUGGCACGCGCCGGGCCGCGCGAAGCUGGCGAGCGGCCCGGCGCGACUACACUUGCAAGACCACCUGUUCUGCAUGACGUCGGGAGUACCGCCUCGCCUUUUGGGCAGCUGGCCCCUGAAAGAACUGCGUCGAUUCGGACUGGUCGACGGGAAAUUCUGCUUCGAGGGAGGUUCCAAAUGCGGCAAGGGCGAAGGGCUGCACGUGCUCCACACCAACCAGGCUGAAGAACUGGCCGAGGCCUUCGAAGCGGCGUCCCGAGGGAAGCUGGCCGCGCGCAGGAAACUGCCCUGCAAGGCUUCAGCCAUGGAGACGCCGUCGCGGAUGUCGCUGCAGCCCCGUUCUCGGGCCCAGGAGUCGAGCCAGUGCAGCAGCAGCGAGUCCCGCAGGCCGCUGCUGAGCUCGGGCUGCUCGGACGUGGGCUCCUGCGAUGCCUGCUUCGAGAUAGUGCGCUUCGCCGGCGACGCACCCACGCCCGAUGACUUCUUCCGCUCGAGGACUUUCUGCAAGGUCCACUACAGGUGGCCUUCGUGCGUGUCACAAGGCGGUCCCGCACCCAGCGUGUCUUCCAGUGACGCUGAGAGCGCAGACACAGUGUCACUGACAAUCAGCGACAUUCAAGAACCCUUGGGUACGAAAGAGACCUCUGACAACCAAGUCAGCAGCCCUCUGCCUGUCUCUGGCAGCGCUCCCGCAGUAUGGACAUACACCCACUGCGGAAAAUGCGGACGUCACUACUGCGCCCGUUGUAGCUUUCCCAGCCAGAGUGGCAGAUCUCCGGACGGCAGCCGAUGGUUCGCUCCGCAAUGGACAGCGGACCUCAAGACGCACCAACAGCAGGCAUGGACGACCGGCGUGCACGGAAGGUCGCCAGGCGUCGCAGACUCCGGAAGCCGGCCAGCCAGUGGAGUGGCGCCUCAAGCGAACGGCGGCCGCGGUGGCAAACCCUCAGACCGCGCGUCGCUCUGCUCCCAGAGCAGUGGCACAAGCAGUGCCAGCACCAGCGGCGCCAGCACUAGCUCGUCCGAGUACAACGUGCCACGGAGCUUCCUGGAGUCUCUGUACGACCAGCCUCGAAGCGUCAUCCACACGGACGCCGAACUAUUCAGAAACUAUCCGGGCGUCCGUCCGUCCUCCGGAGCGACGCCAUCUCCCGUGGUGGACUCUAUGUUGCCGGGGGUCCAUGGCUUCGGUGCGGCGCCUUGCAUCUGCAGUGCCCGUGGCACACAGCCGUGUCCCGAAACCCCUCUGGCGCGCUCCGGUUCCAGCGACUCCCCGCUUGCGUCACCCAAACGUUCCACGCCGCAGCCGAGGCCUCCGUGCACGUGCAACGUACGACUGCAGUACCCAAACUACGACGUCCCACGAGCAGCAUUGGCUAAUCUCUACCUGAAGGAACAGUCCAAAAAUGCCGCCGACAUCACUCCUGACCUACCGUCGAGCGACACCAACAUCGACGCCGCGAUGCACUACGACGUCCCCAAGAAAUAUAAGGAGCACGUGUCGCAGCAAGAGCCGUGUCAAGGAACAAGGACUGCUCGGCUACCGUUAGCUUGCUCCUGCGGCAACAGCCUCUUGCCAGACCCCCUCUCUAUGUGCCAAGAACUUAACGCUUGCAGCCACGUUAGAGCAGCUUGCACGUGCAACCGAGUAACAUUCUGGGCCGGAAAUCUUGUUCCCUGUUUCCAAAGAACACCUUCCGAGGAAAGCCAGCCUGCUACACUACAAUGCUCGAUCAGCUGCGCACCCUCUACUAUAUGUAGGGAACCAGGCAAGCGAAACAGGAUGCUUGGUAUCGUGCCGGACAGUAAGAAGCCCGACCACUUCUCCGACUAUGUGAACUGUCAUUUCAUAGAGUCUUUGCCGCUGUACCAGAACACUUGCGCGUUGUCCUCUCUAUCGGAACAGUGCGACUCCGAAAACGACGUGAAAAGCACUUCCGAAAAGAAAGUGAUGCUGCCAGGUUCCCCUUCAGUAAACCAAAACCAGUUCAAGAGCCCCGAAAAAUCUGCGACCUUGAAGAAGGCAGCUCCACGCUGCUCUCCUUCGUCAAGUACCAUCGGCGAAAGCUACGAAAUGAUGUCCUUCCGCGGUUCAUCAGAGCAAGUGAGCGUCGUCUGCGACAGCAACUACAUCGCCAUGCGCCCAAUCGAGCCUUGCAAGUGCGACAACGAUCGCGGCAGCAGCAAUGCCACAAGCUCGGACACAAAAAGAACUCCGCUUCCACUGCGGCCAUUCAUGCCAUAUUUACUCCCUUGUGAGGAAGAGUUUCCAGAAGACGUGUCUUCCGAAGCCGAGACAAGUUGGAAAAACAGCCCCAAAUGCAGCAUCGCAAACAGCAGGCAACGCUCGACCGAGACGCCAGACAAGCCAUCAGCCCUCGCUGACGCCAAAAGAAAGGUGCUCACGAAGAAACGGUCCAGCUCGGCCGAUGGGCGCCAAGAAACGGAAGAAAUGUCGGAGGCGGAAGAGGCCGUCCCCAUGGGCAGAGAACGGCGACCAACGUUUAACAAGCUUCCGUUCCGAGCUAGGUCUCAGAACUUGGUCGAUGUUACACCGCCGUCUUCAGUGCCUUCCACUCCGAACAACCGUUCUAUGGAAAAUUUGUACCGGAUCCCCUUUCACAGGUCAGCUGACUGCCUAAAGUUGAAAGGCGACUUCAGAUUUUCGGAGGAAGACAUCUCAAUGGACGCCGGUAAUGCCGAUUUGGGCGAUGCCCCUACGAACGGCACCAGUAUCAAGCGCUCCUCUAGUGUGCCUUGCAAACCGCAACAGCAGGACACCAUUUCGAGCCCGUCGGACUCCGGCGUGUCGACGAGCCUGCCAGAAAGCUCAGAAACUGUGUGCGAGCUUGCGGCGCACGAAUGUCAUAUGAGCUCGCACGCUUCGCUUCCAAGAAACCUCGAUGAAGGGACGACUGUGAGCCAUCGUCGCUGCGACGAAAGCAAAAGGUUUAUUCAAGAAGCAUUCGCGCGAUGCCCGCAGCAAGGGGCGUUCGGACUCCCUGGUGAGCGGUACGCGGCUGGCCUGAAAGGGUCCUCUGAAAGCAGUACUACCUCCUCAGACAGCGACUACAUCGAGACGCUGUCACUCUGUAGCAGCGGCAGCAACGGCAGCGGCUCCGAGUAUCUGCGAUGCGAGGACAUUGCGGCCGGGAGGCCGUGCCCAGUGUCGUGCGGCCUCAAGCCGCGCUCAGCCAAGGAAUACAACGCCAUCGACAGGUCGGCCAUCCGCCACGAGAUGCACGAGGAAGGCGUGUGCGGCGCGGUGCUGCACACCUGCCACCAGCGAACACAUCACCAUGCGCCGAUACACUUUACACUUCCCAAGGCGGCGCGCAGCGCACCUCCACCAUCUCCUGUACAAGGACAGGGCGCCAGAGGAAGCGCCACCAAGUCAAGCCCAGCUGCGUCAUAACAGUCUAGUCGUCCCAGCGUUCGAGUACCGUGCCAUGGUUAGGGCUUUAGCCGCCUUCAUCAGCUUUGCUUCGGGCUCGCAGCCCAAAACAGCUACGCUGUACGGGACAGAGAGAACAUUAGCGCCAAGAACCCAAUAUGGGUGGAGUCGGUUUAGUGACACCUGCUGCGAAGGGUCCAGGCUUUUCCAGAGGGAGUGUUCAAAUAUCACGAGUAGCGCAGCGGAGACCGAUUAAACGCCGGUCGUCGGCAGCAUAUGUAACAUGCGACGAGUCAGUGGCCAGAAAUGUCUAAAACUUUAGCCAGGGAUAAACAUACAUCAAGCUUUGAGUACUCUGUAAGUGCGUACACCCUUAAAUGUCAUUUGUCACUCAUUAACGUCGUGGGCAUGGCAUGACUAUAAUAUAAACGUCCCUCAAAUACUGGCCUGAGUCUCAACUUUAAUGUAUUGUAAAUUAUUCUACUAGAAGCUUGGCGGCGGUUGCUUUCACCAACCAUUUUUUCUGUGGUGUGUUCAGAAGAAACUUCGAUAGAUGGAGUCUUUUCAUGGCAUAUCAGGUUGCAUGUACACAUACGCUGUGGCGCCUGCGAAAAAGUCGCAGGAAGUUUCUAUCCUGAAACAUUACGCAUUUCAUGGUGCCGCGAGAAGCGGUACACCACGAAGCCUUUAUUGGGCAUUCAUUAAACCAAAUUAUUCGUUACAAAAUAGAAAACCUCAGUCACGACAUGUUGUCGCUAGUCUUGUAGAUAUGGUAGUCUUGACAACAGGUAACAAUUUAGGCAGAUCAUUGUUUUCUGCGCGAUCUGCAUGCUUGUGUUAGAGAGCCUGUCAUUACGACGUACUAAUUUUGUAGAUAAGUCAUCACAUUUACGUCGAGAGUUCAUUCUUUUCAAGUUAUAAGAGGGUCAUUCACUUCUGUAGAUAUAUGAAAAAAAUUCCAGUAUUCACAUGUACAGGCUGCGAGGUGUGGCGUUCGUUACCUUCCUAUAGUAUGUGGCGUUGAACGCGAACUUCCAUAUAGUUCUAUAGUGGUGCUCUUGUGGAUCUCUAAUAAACGUGUGUAUAUGUGUAUGUAUGACCGUGCAUAUAAGAGAGUGUGAAUUAUUCCAUUUUUAUUGACGUGACAAACUCGAAUAAUUUUUCUGGGCUUUGUUUUUCUUUAUCAUUCAUGUUUCCACAAAAUACAAGUAUAUGAUUUUGCAACGUUGUUGCACGAGCAAUAGCUUUGACGAUGUCAUGUCGCAAGCUAGGGAAAGCAAGUUGAAAGGACAAUGUUUGCUUGCGCUUAUGCGACGAUGAUGUUAGAGUGCCGGUCUGGGCGAUCGACGCUGUGUUUGCGAUGAUAGUGGCAAACCUGCAAAUGACUGAACGCAAAUAUUCGCAUCGAUUACUGCAGUGAAGCAGUAUUGCAAUAGAAGCGCCAAGGCGCAAAGAUCUUUAUAGCCAUAUUACAAGGGCUCUAUCAACGGCCGUUGACCCAAGCGGUGUUUGGGAUCAGUUGAAGUUGAGAGGUGUUACAUGGCAGGCUCCAACUGCCGUCGGCAUCAGAACAACAGUUGACAAACUGAGAACAACACGGAGGAAGGAAAAGGACUAGCAGGGAGCAUGACGUUAGGCAGCUGGCCUCGGCAGGCCAACCUCCUUUGACGCCGCCCGUCCUUUCCUUCGGAACCUGCAUGUUGACCCUUGGACAAUAGGCUUUCCUUGGUUGUCGGUCCUUUUAAGGCAUUGUUUGGUACGUGGUAGCUCUUAGCGAGUCUCUCGUCGCAAGUACACGCAGCGCGAGCAGACGCAGCCAGAGCAUAGAACGAGACACGACGGAGAGCUUUGUUUUCGUCAGCUCGCGCUGUACGCACUUGCAAUCUCGCGCCAACUGGAACAAGGAAACGUGUUAACGCCCUCGUCAUAAUCAGCCCUCGCCACCUGCUUUUCUUUACUCCGUACUCUCCGGGUGCCCGGCGACUAUAAAUUACCGCUUGCCUAUCACGUGGUGGGGGCCUCCUUGCCGUGACACUUUCCUUUAUAUUCUUUCAUGACUGCGCUUCAAAACUGUCGCAUGGCGCUUUCUUCUAGUCUUUUUCCUUCCUACACGAACGCAGUCAAGGCAAGUCAACUGUCAAGAUGUCAACUGUCUCCAGUGUUGCGAGUGCGGCGUCACAAGUUUAUUCUCCCAAAAAGCGUACGCAUAAAGCGACUUCUCUAUCAGAAAACUCUUAUGUUGGUGUCAUUUGUUAUCAGAAUAAUAUAGCGCAAGCAGAUAUAAACAUUUUUUUUGAACAUGAUUUAAAAGUGUGAUCACGUGAUCGGAAGCGCAUAACAGAAUUGAACGCCGAAUACGCCUUAUAACAGCCGUUAGAAUCCGUUCAGCUGAACGAUCGCGCAGUUGAAAAUGUCCUGGUAACGUGGGUAUUAAAAGUCGUGCCACGUUGCUGACUUGCAAGAAAUACUUACCUAUUAUAACUAAGCAGUAUUAACUUACCUAUUAUAACUUACCUAUUAUAACUAAGUUAUAAUAUUAUAACUUAGUUAUAACUUAGGUAAGUUAUAACUAUUAUAACUUACCUAUUAUAACUAAGUUUAGUAUAACUAAACUUGUAUCGUCUACCGCGUUCAGCGACAUAGUUUGAAGUUAUAAAAUGCAACUGGGGAUGCCAGCAAUGAACGGGGGUUAAGCGGGCUGAUUAAGUGGCUCUCGAAUUAUGUUUGCUUGUAGACUAAAUGUUAAAUGUACCUAAAUACAGCUUGCGCUUUGUUCUUCCGAAGCGUUCAAAGAGCGCUUUUUGAAUGCACACACCUGUUGAGCUCAACUACAGAAAGAUUUUUUUUUUUUUCAUUUGAAUGCACACAAGAUGCAUCUUAUCGUAAGAAGUCUUAUAGAAUACUUACUUGCGCAGUGUCAUUUUAGGCCCCAAUUCAAGCUGUCUCUUUGAGGUUAUGCUUUCACAGCUUUUAAACACCUCUAGUAUUACAAUGAUGUUCCUGAGCGUAACAGCUUUGCUUUCUGUUACGCUUAUAAGAGAGUCUGUUCAGCCCUGUCGUGUUCAAUUCACCAUCCACAAAGCGGCGCAAGAACUCACGUGCUUGCGUUACUUACUUUUGUCGUAGGAAGCCCGAAAUGACUGCACAUUCCGCCUGCUAUAUGACUACCCGCUAAGCUUCGCAAUGCUGGUUUACUUGUCAUGCAUCUGGUUAUCCAAAUACAGCAAUGUCAUUUCAUUCUUAUUCUAAGCCUAAGCUUCGCGCACCUACAACAGCAUUCAGCUAUGACCCACAUACACUAACAAUAACAUUGUCGGGUAACUAGUCAGAAUAAUCGCCAAACCAAGACUUAAUGUGCGCGUAUAAUAACUUUCGUAAUUUUUUCACCCCACCAAGCUUCCGUGCUGCUUCAUUUGUGCGUGCGUGCGUGCGUGCGUACGUACGUGCGUGCGUGCGCGCGCUACGGAUCUUAGUCACGAAGCCUAACACGUUAUAGAUAUAUAUAUUUUUUUUUCACAAAAUGCAACUACUGCACAUAAUCUUACGGGCUAAGACGCAUUCCAAGGCCAUGGCACGAAAUGGCUUAGUUAUGUUUGUUGCUUCUUUGAAAGGAAGAUGGCACUUUUGGACUUCCGAAGUUAUAUGGGAGAUGCUUAUACACAGCUAGAACCUAACAAGCUCUCCGGAUUUUAACGACGCUGCGGAUGCGGUUAGGACACUAUAUUAGACUCGGUAUUCUAAAACCAACCUACCUGUUCUAAACUACUUGGAUUCUAGUGCUCCUGCUCAAAUUUAAAAUAAGAACAACAUAGAGAGGUCAGGUCAGUCUUGGAUCAAUGCUUGCUGCCAGCAGACACCAUUGGUCACCAAGCUUCAUUCCAGGUUUAUGCAUUGAUCCCGAGCAGUAGCCCCUUUAGUCGUGAUUACGUAUUCAUAAAAUCGUGAACUAGAAUAAUUUACCACGCAAAACAAGGAAACCAGUGCCGUACAAAUAAAUUAAGUAAACAGCAUAAAGCAGUAAAACAAAAAGAUACAAAGUUAACACGUCUAAAGGCAGUACGUUAAAGAACUGAGAGUUGUCUUCGAUCCGUGAUGUUUAGAGCUGUAAAUACAUACGUAUAUGUGAACAGAAAAGGUAGAAAAGAAUAUGCAUGCGAGAAAACUAUCUGAGUCGAUGUACAAGUAUAGUGCAUUAUUUAGCUUUGCACCACGCACGGCUCUUCCUCUUGUUUAUUUCUUUCUAUCUUUAUUUAUUUGUUAAACUCUUAUCUGAACUUUUCUUCUGCCUCCUACUGCAGCGUGUCGCCACUUUGAGUAGGGCUUUCUUGUGGAAUUUGGAGUUCACUGUUCAGUAGCUCUUCACAGUAUAAUCUUCUUGAAUUCGCCACGGUAGCAAAUAAUUGCUUUUCUCUCAUUAAGCCUGGACACGGGCUCAACUCUUUGUUUCUGCUCAAAACUACCUACUCCUUAUCCAUUUCCCGCACUUAACGCAAGCACUUAAAAUGCUGUGCAGUAGACGAUAGAUAGAAGGGUUCAUCUGGUUCCCGCAGCUCCUGUAGCGUUGCAGUGUUGGGUACGCUACACAAGUUUCACUUAGCGGCUCCGUUAUGGAUUUCAAUCACGGGGGCAACAACCCAUGUACUUUCGACAAGGACGGCACAUAAAUCAAAGCACUUGUGCAGAAUUGUUUCUUAAUAUCACUGUAUGGCUGUAGAAGUAUAUCAUACGACUCGGAGAAAUUACAGCAAGACAAGAAAUGAAAACAAGAAAUUCUGCUGCAACAGAUGUUAUAUUAUCGAGUACUUCACUCCGAAUCUUUGCUCUUGACAAUGUGAAACGAAGAACAUGGUUCUUUCGCGAUAGAACCAAGAUUAAGAUGGAAAAUGACAGGUGCACAAGGUCAAUGAUGGCAGUAGUCAAUUAUUUGCAGGUCUAACUAUCAAGGUGCGCUGACCCAGCGUUAAAAAUGCGAAUACACACUUUGGGUCACUAGUCAGUCACGGGUGCUUGCUCGCAUUGAACAGUACGACAUGCGUCUGCUUCUUUAGAGCAAUGGCUCAAAGGAAGCGUAUUAGUUACAAAGGCUAGUUAUACUGCCCUAUGUGAACUAUACGAAGGUCAACCUUCCAGCUUGUUGCCCAUAACGCUAGUUUGUGUCCGUUAGUACACGUCGGUGUUUAUUAUUUCAACACCUGUUGUUUAGCUUUUUGUCCAAGUCGCGUUUAUAUUCUUUUUUACUAUGCUGUCUGCAGCCUGCUGUACUAUUUGCCGUUUCUCGAGCGUCACAGCGUAUAGAUGUGAAGAAUGUAUAGGUAUACGCCCACGAGAAGUCAAAUAAAAUACGGUUGUACAAGUA